AUGGCAAUGACACCAUUCGACCCGUCCCACUUCAACCCAAAUGCCUUCGAUAUAUAUACAGACGCUGUCGCGGUCAGGACGCCGACCCCCAGCCUGCCAGGAGGAUCUUGUGGUUUCGUGGAUUUAAACCCAGGUGCUAAUGGAGCUCGUUGUGGGUGCCGGAGGUUCUGGAGUCGAUGUCCGACAGGCAAUCCUACACCGGAUCAAUCCCAAUGGUGUAUGUGCAAUCACCACGCCUGCUAUCACGAUGAGGGAUCUCGUGAUAUUCAGCAGCCUGAAGUGAGUAUACCAGGCCAAGAAAAUGAGAGACCCAGGACUGCACGCGAACCUCUUAGCCCCGUUAUGGACAUAACCCUCAAGACACCUCCAGUGAUCCCUGGAAUGGAUUUUUCGAAUUUUAACCCAGGAGCCUUAUCUUUUAUCCCACGGACGUCAGACCCAAGAUUACCGGACCAAAGGAUGCCAUUGGAUAUCGGACCACAUCCUAGGAUGACAGACACUCAAAACAAUGGAACCUCUGCCUCAAUACCGGAUACUAUGAGUUGGGGAGGAUUAAUACAGUCGCAGCCAUGUCCUUCUUCUAUACCACCAAUACCAUCACAAUGUCUAAUGGCAUCUCAAACAGCAUCUACGACGUCAUCGAUCCAAGCCAAGUAUAUACGGCCUUUUGCUGGAAAGGGUCUUCACACGCUCAAUAGUGUUCCAGAAAACAGGCCUUCAUCUCUGACCCAGCCCAGGACCCAGGAUUCACAACCACCUGCUAUAUUUAAGGAACCGGUACCACAAGGCGGAUCUUUUACAUGGACCUCGCAGGAUCACAGGCCAGCUGAUACUCCCGGACCUGGUACGCCGACCCAGUCUGAACCUCGAGCUCCAGCUUUCAAUGCGGCCGUUUCACGGCGCGCUUUCAAGAACCUAUCUGACACCGUCAGUGGUCACGACCAACGGCUUGACCGACUAGAGACGGUUUCCUUUACAGUCGCAGGACACGAAGAUUGCCAGGAAAAGCAUGAUCAUGUUGAUAUCCGGAUGACUGAUUUAGAAAGUCGGGUCGAAGAGGUGGAAAAAAUCGUUAAUGAUAACAAGAGCGUGCUUAACGACAACAACAGCAAUGCAUCUCGACGAGGCGACGAUGCUAGCGUAUUAUCCGUUUCAACCAGUAUUACAAGUCGUCCAAGCCACUCUCAAGAGCUUUGGAGUCAGGUCCAAUCUCUUCAGGCACAAGUGGUUCAGCUACAGUCGCUAAUGCCUUCUCCUACUCAUCCGUUCGAGAUCGAAGUAAUCUUCCUGCCAUUUCCCCUUAAGAAGGUAUGGCAGGAGGCUCAGCAGUUCAAGAACGAGCCACAAAUCUCCAACGACGAUUGGACACAACUACCCAUGACACACAGUGCAACCACCAUGCGCUCUGAAAUGUCUCUAUAUCCUGACUGGAUAACCUCGGAUCAAGAAACCAAAUGGCUCUUGCCCAAAGCUUGUCCUGAUAAGGGUAUCGUCGAUCGACGGCUGCGCAGCCGUGGUUUGAUCAAGACAAUAUCGGUCAAGGGCUCAGAUGCUCGCAGCGUUACCAUGGCCAUGAACGGGGCCUUUGGACACCUCUUUCGCGAGAUGAACAUCUUCUCCCGCCCACAGACUACUGAUCCGCGCUCAUCCACAUACCUAGGACUUCAGUCCACUUGGGUCCCUCUGCGCAAGAUUCAUAAAGAUUCGCGACUACGUUUCCUCAGCCCUGCUGAGAUGAUGACACCUGCAGUGUGGGACGUUCAGUUUCUGAGCCAGGUCAUGAUGCGAGCUUCUGAACCUAGGUUGUUCAUCACUCACCCUGACGCCUAUCUCCAAGACUUUCAAGCAUACGAGAUGGGCUGGACAUGGCAAAUGCUCAGAGAGAUGAGCCCAGUCGUCCCUAACCCAUCAAACUCGUUGGAUGAUAGCAAGGCUUUCGAAGAGUGUUGGACUUGGACCGAACAACUUGACGAGCCACCUAGCGCUGAUAUCUCCACGAGCAUGCGCAAUGAAAAGGCCCGAGUUUCAAACUCGCCGUCGCAGACAUUCUAUCCGGCUCUCUCAAGGAUGAAAUCUUCGAGCCCGUCUCUAGUGCGAGCCCAGUCGCCCCGGCUUGGUAGCCGGCGAGGUUCCCAUCCACCUCACAUCCGAACUUCCUCAACGCCCAUGGCUGCUCCGAUACAAGCUUCGCCUGCGCUUAACAGACGCCGUGUUUCGUCCUACGUACAAAGUCGUCGUCAAUCUCCUGCAUUGCUUGUCAACUCCCAAUCGGCAAUCAUGAAGCGUCGUCGUACAAGGUCCCCGAGCCAUCGCUUUACACCAAGAUGGACUGCAUCGCCGAGCCCUAUGCCCAUGGGCCUCGGCGAUCGCCAACAAGCACGCGGAACUACACCCUUCGCAUAUGCCACACCGUUCAGUAACGCUCCUCUCCAAGAACGGCCUCUGCGUUCUGGAAGUGUGGCGCCCACCGCUGCUCAAGACGAAUUCGAUGAUGACUCGGAUUUCAACAUCGAUAUUUACGAGAGUGGUUCUGACGAUAUGGAAGAUAACGAGAGUGUGGACGGUAUGGAAGUAGUCACACAUGAGCAGGCUUUACCAGGUCGACGAUCACAGGGUUGGCAACUCCCUGAAGAUGAGCCAUGGCCCGGAAUUGAGGACCAACGUGCUGCUGAGGACAACGAAAACGUCGACCCUCACCAUAGUGAUCCUGCUAGUAACGUCAGCAGCCAACCUUCCGAGUAUCCCAGUCACCAAAAUGUUUGGCCCAACAACAACUCGACCGAAUUUCACAUUCACGAAGACGAUGACAACAACAGGUCAUGA